UGAGUCGCCCUGGCUAAAAAACUCCACUCCUUAACUUCACUCCAUUUUCCCGACGGCGACCGGACGUAUUUUAGCCGUCGUCUCCCAGGCGUUUCCUCAUCCUCCUAUCCGACUCUCCGCCAGGCGAACUUUAUCCUGCAGCUUCUCCACAGAGCGUCCGAUGGAACCCAUGACGCCGGAAGAGUUAGAGAAGAAGAAGAAGAAAGAGGAAAAGGCUAGAGAAAAGGAACUGAAAAAACUCAAGGCUGCACAAAAGGCAGAAGCAGCUAAAAUGCAGGCACUACAAGCCUCCUCAGCUCCAAAGAUAUCUAAGAAAAAAAGCUCAAAAAGAGAUGGCAUAGAGGAGAACCCUGAGGAUUUUGUUGAUCCGGAAACACCCUUGGGACACAAGAAAAAACUUUCCACCCAAAUGGCAAAGGCAUACAAUCCUAGCGCUGUUGAGAAAUUUUGGUAUGAUUGGUGGGAAAAAUCAAAAUUCUUUGAGGCUGACUCUAAAAGCACUAAACCACCUUUUGUAAUUGUUUUGCCACCACCCAAUGUCACUGGUGCACUACAUAUUGGCCAUGCCUUGACAGCUUCAAUUGAGGAUAUGAUAAUUAGAUGGCGUAGGAUGUCUGGUUACAAUACUUUGUGGGUCCCAGGAAUGGACCAUGCUGGAAUUGCAACACAGGUGGUGGUGGAGAAGAAGAUCAUGCGGGAAAGGAAUCUGACUAGGCAUGAUAUUGGCCGUGAAAAGUUUGUGUCGGAAGUAUGGAAAUGGAAAGAUGAAUACGGGGGCACAAUAUUGAAACAACUUCGGCGCUUGGGUGCAUCACUUGAUUGGUCCCGUGAGAGCUUUACCAUGGAUGAAAAAAGAUCCAAAGCUGUUACUGAAGCAUUUGUUAGGCUAUCCAACGAAGGUCUUAUCUACAGGGCUCCACGUAUGGUGCAUUGGGAUUGUGUUCUGCGGACUGCAAUAUCUGACAUUGAAGUUGAUUAUAUAGAUGUGAAAGAAAGAACAUUGCUCAAGGUUCCUACAUAUGAAGAACCUGUGGAGUUUGGAGUUCUUACCUCAUUUGCUUAUCCUUUAGAAGGAGGGCUUGGUGAGAUUAUUGUGGCCACCACUAGGAUUGAAACAAUGCUUGGUGAUACUGCUAUUGCUAUACAUCCUGAAGACAAAAGAUACUUGCAUCUUCAUGGAAAAUCUGCUAUUCAUCCAUUUAAUGGAAGAAAACUCCCAAUUGUUUGUGAUGAAAUACUUGUAGAUAUGAGCUUUGGGACUGGUGCUGUCAAGAUAACUCCAGCACACGAUCCAAAUGAUUUUGAGGUUGGGAGGCGUCACAAUCUUGAACUCAUUAACAUUUUAACUGAUGAUGGUAAAAUAAAUAGCAAUGGUGGUCCAGAUUUUGAAGGGAUGCCUCGUUUUAAAGCACGUACCGCUGUGACUGAAGCGUUAAAGGCAAAGGGACUCUAUAGAGAUUCUAAAAACAACGAAAUGCGCCUUGGUAUUUGUUCAAGAAGUAACGAUAUAGUAGAGCCCCUAGUCAAACCUCAGUGGUUUGUUGACUGCAAAGUUAUGGCAAAGCAGGCACUUGAUGUUGUCAUGGAUGAGAAUAAUAGAAAAAUGGAGAUUAUUCCCAAGCAAUAUGCUGCCGACUGGAAAAGAUGGCUCGACAAUAUCCGUGACUGGUGCAUUUCAAGGCAGCUUUGGUGGGGUCACCGCAUUCCUGCGUGGUAUGUGACACUAGAGGAGGACGAUCAACAUGAAUUCGGUAUAUAUGAUGACCAUUGGGUGGUUGCUAGAAAUGAAUCUGAGGCCCACGAGUUGGCUCACAAAAAAUUUGGCCAGAAGUUUGAGAUCUCUCAAGAUCCUGAUGUACUUGACACUUGGUUUUCUUCUGGUCUUUUCCCACUAUCUGUACUGGGAUGGCCUGAUGAUACUGAGGACUUAAAGACAUUUUAUCCUACCUCUUUUCUUGAAACUGGACACGAUAUUCUUUUUUUCUGGGUGGCUCGCAUGGUGAUGUUGGGAAUCAAGCUGGGAGGUGAUGUGCCUUUUACAAAGGUAUAUUUGCAUCCCAUGGUUCGGGAUGCCCAUGGGCGUAAGAUGUCCAAGUCUCUAGGAAAUGUCAUUGAUCCACUUGAGGUGAUUAAUGGUAUAACUCUUGACAAUCUUCAUAAGAGACUAGAGGAAGGAAACUUGGAUCCAUUGGAGUUGAAAACUGCUAAAGAAGGACAGAAAAAGGAUUUUCCUACUGGUAUCCCGGAAUGUGGUGCAGAUGCUCUUCGCUUUGCCCUUAUUUCAUACACUUCUCAGUCAGAUAAAAUCAAUCUGGAUAUCCAGAGGGUGGUGGGGUAUCGUCAAUGGUGUAAUAAGCUGUGGAAUGCGAUUCGCUUUGCCAUGAGCAAACUAGGAGAUGAUUAUAUACCUCCAGCCGAAAUAGUCCCACAGACCAUUCCUUUUAGCUGCCAAUGGAUACUCUCAGCACUAAAUAAGGCCAUAUUGAGGACCGUGACUGCUCUAGAAUCCUCUGAAUUCUCUGAUGCUGCAACAUCAGUGUAUUCGUGGUGGCAAUUCCAAUUAUGCGACAUCUUCAUCGAAGUUAUCAAGCCAUAUUUUGCGAAUGAAGACCCAUCAUUUGCAUCUGCAAGAAGAUCUGCGCAAGAUGCAUUGUGGUUGUGCUUGGAUAAUGGGUUACGGUUACUUCAUCCGUUCAUGCCAUUCGUCACGGAAGAACUUUGGCAGCGUCUUCCGUCUAGGAGAGAUUGUUCCAAGAAAGAAUCUAUAGUUAUUAGCGAAUAUCCUUCAACUGUUGAGGGCUGGGCUAAUGAUACAGUUGAAGAUGAGAUGGAAAUGGUAACAUCUGUAGUAAAAGGGCUACGGUCAAAGAGGGCAUUGUUGCCUCCGAAGGAAAGAUUUGAAAGGCGUGCAGCUUUUGUGCUGUGCCGGACUGCUGAAAUUGUAGAAAUAGUAAAAAGCCGUGAGUUAGAGAUCUCUACACUCGCUACUUUGUCAUCAUUAAAGGUCUCGUGUGAUAUUGAAGAUGCACCAACUGGAUGGUUUACAGAGGUUUUGGACGAAUCUCUAACUGUAUUCCUAGAAGAAAAAACAACUUCCAGUGGUAAUCCAGAGGCUGAGCUUGAGAGGCUCAAGAAAAAGAUGGAAGAAACCAAAAGGCAACACGACAAUCUGUCGAAGAAGAUGAGUGCUUCUGGUUAUAAAGAGAAAGUUCCUCCCAAGAUUCAUGAAGAGAACAUGUCAAAGCUGACUGCCCUAAUGCAGGAACUGGAAUUGUUUGAAGAAAACAUUGGGCGUUUGGAAAACCAAACAGCCAAUGCCUGAAGAAAUUUUUACCACUCCCUACUCCUACUACUACUACUACUGGAGUCUGUCAUUCAAAACUUUUUUUCUUUAUUUGAGAUCAAAGAGGAGAAGAAUAGCAUUGUUUUCAAGUCCAUCCAACAUCAUAAUAAUUUUUAAGCAAAUUACAUUCAGUAUAUUAUACUGUCUCAAAUUAAUAGCCCUCAUUUUCUUUUUGAGACGUCCCUAAAAAGAUAAUUAGAUCUCUUUCUACUUUUCGUUGUACCGAAACAAAUGUGGGCUAUGAAUUUGGGGCAGAUGGAGUAUUAAGUGAAUGAUUUUGUAUUUGGUUUAAAAGAGGAAGAGAAAUCAAGCGGCUCACUUUCU